UUUUAGCAUGUUCUUGUAAAGAACUGUGAAUGGAUAAGCCAUGCAAGGUCCCGAAGACACCUUGUGCCAUUUUCGAAUAUAUUUUCUUCCCAAGAAGUUGAGGUUUAGACUUCUCUGAGAGGUUACAGAACAAAAAGCUUCUGCAAAAUUCCACUCCAUUCCUUCCUAACGACCUUCAUUCACUCUCUCACUGCAACUACGCAUCACAAUCCUCUCUCUACAAAUGCUAGCACAUCCUUCUCUUUCUCCUUCAUCGUUUCUCGCCACUCAUAAACUCCAAUCCCCUUCUUUACUAUGUCCCAAACAAUGCAAUUCCUCUUCUCCUUGCUGGUUUCUUCCCCUUUCCCCUCAACCCCACCAAAUUUCUGGGACCCAUAGGUCCGGCAUAUGUGCUGCCACCACCGCCGGUGGUGGUGGGGAUCUUGAGGUCGAUACCUUCACGGCCAAGUCCGGUUAUCUCUUCGAGCUCAGUGACUCUGAGGCGGACUCUCUGGCUGAAUACAACAUAUCUAAGAUCGCUGCCAUUUAUAGAAGAAAGCCUUUGAUUGUUUUUCGCCGGUUGUUUCAGAUAGGAACUGCUUUUGGCAAGUGGUUUGGCCUCCGUUUCAUUGACAGUCUGAAGGAGCGGUCUGAUGAAAUGUUUGAGGUUAGAGCUGCAGAACUCAGGAAGAUAUUGGUAGAACUUGGACCGGCGUAUAUUAAAAUUGCCCAGGCUGUAUCAACUCGUCCAGAUUUGAUACCACCGUCGUAUUUGGAUGAACUUUCAUUGUUGCAAGAUCGAAUAAGCCCAUUUUCUACAGAAGUUGCUUUCAGUAUGAUAGAACAAGAACUUGGUUUACCUAUUGAUGAACUUUUUUCAGAGAUUUCACCUACGCCUGUAGCUGCAGCAUCCCUGGGGCAGGUUUAUCAAGCCAGGCUUCGCCAAAGGGGACAGGUUGUUGCUGUUAAAGUCCAAAGACCAGGAGUCCAAGCUGCAAUUUCCCUUGACAUGUUAAUAUUACGUGCCUUGGCAGGCUUUAUUAGGAGAGCUGGCAAAUUUAAUACUGAUCUUCAGGCUGUUGUUGAUGAGUGGGCAUCAAGUCUUUUUCGGGAGAUGGACUAUAAGAAUGAAGCUAGCAAUGGUCUCAAGUUUAGGAAGUUAUAUGGCUCUAUACAAGAUGUAGUGGUUCCCUUAAUGUAUACGGAGUAUACAACUCGCAAGGUCUUAGUCAUGGAAUGGAUUGAGGGGCAGAAAUUAUCAGAAGUGAAGGAUCUCUACUUGAUUGAGGUCGGAGUUUACUGCUCAUUCAAUCAACUUCUUGAGUAUGGAUUCUAUCAUGCAGAUCCACACCCUGGCAAUCUUCUCCGUACAUAUGAUGGAAAACUAGCUUAUUUAGAUUUUGGUAUGACUGGUGAAUUUAAGCAAGAACUGCGUGAGGGUUUCAUUGAAGCUUGUCUCCAUCUUGUAAAUCGUGAUUUCGAUGCAUUGGCUAAGGACUUUGUCACUCUUGGGCUUCUACCCCCCACUUCUGAGAGAGAAGCUGUUACGAAGGCCUUGACAGGUGUCUUCCAAAAUGCUGUUGCCAAAGGAGUUCGCAAUAUUAGCUUUGGAGAUCUUUUAGGAAACUUAGGAACCACAAUGUAUAAAUUCAAAUUCAGGAUACCUUCAUACUUCUCACUUGUUAUCCGAAGCCUUGCUGUACUCGAAGGCAUUGCUGUUAGCUUUAAUCCUGAGUACAAAGUUCUGGGUAGUACUUACCCUUUUAUUGAAAAAGUACUUACUGACAGCUCUCCUCAGCUUCAAUCUUCCUUGCAGACUCUUCUUUACAAGGAUGGCAUGUUCAGAAUAGAUCGUCUAGAGUCUUUGGUAACAGAGUCUCUCCGUGCCAAAACAGAAGGGGCCAAAAGUGACAACAGUGAUUCAAGGAUGAUUAUAAAGGAAGUCCUUUCUUUUACACUAACUGAAAG